AUGACACCUCUCCCUGUGACAAUUCCUUUUUCACAAAAAAUGAAAAGAGAAAAGCUUGAUAGUCAAUUUGCAAAAAUUUUAGAGAUUUUAAAACAGAUUCACAUUAAUAUUCCUUUUACUGAUACUUUGUUGCAAAUGCCUUCUUACGCCAAAUUCCUGAAAGAAAUUUUAUCAAGAAAAAGGAAAUUAGAAGAUGUUUAUGUGGUAAUGCUAACUGAAAAAUGUAGUGCUAUACUUCAAAAUAAGCUACCUCAAAAACUGGGUGACCCAGGCAGUUUUACAAUUCCAUGCACUUUAGGAGGAAUGUAUUUUGAAAAAGCACUCUGCGAUUCUGGAGCUUCAAUAAACUUGAUGCCAUUUUCUCUUGGUGACUUGAAAGAUCUUGGUGUCUCUCUUCAAUUUGCAGAUCAGAGUACUAAGAAACCUAAGGGAAUAAUUGAAAAUGUACUUGUGAAAGUAGAUAAAUUUGUUUUUCCUGUAGAUUUCAUAGUGCUUGAAAUGAAGGAGUGCCAUGAUGAACUAAUUAUUUUGGGUAGACCAUUUCUUGCUACAGGUAGAGAAAUUAUAGAUGUCCAUCAAGGACAACUAAUUCUAAGAGUUGAUGAAAAAAGGGUCAUUUUUGACAUGCAAAAGAUACUAAGAUUUUUCAGAGAUGAAUCAUCAUCUUCAUGCUUUUCAAUUGACACGAUUAGUUAUCUUACAGAUGAAGUUAGAGACGAUCAAUUAACUCCAGACUCAAUGGAAAUAUGCUUUGCCAAAUCAGGCACCAUACAAGAUGAUGAUCCCACCAUCAGAAGAGAGGCUGAAAUAUUAGAAAAGGAUUAUGAGGAUUAG